AUGUUGUCCGACGACGGUAUACGAUCAUCGACGGCGGACCACGCCUCCACACUACUCCUUGACGAAAAUCUGCCGAGCCCGUUAUACGGCCUUCCCGGCAUUGGCGUGGAGAUUUCCAAGCCGUUAGUCUCUCCCGUACAAGCGGGAAAGACGGAUGAGCAUGCUCAGCUGCAAACUUUCGAGCUCAAGCUUCUCAGCUUAAGAGCGCUGUGGAAUGCGAAUGUGGCGAUCCACGCACUCCCUGCGGAGGUCCUCCUGGAAGUCUUCAAAUAUUUGCUUGCGCCGCAGUAUCGAUACCUUGGCGCUAGGGGAGGAGACCUAAGACGUCCGUGGGCGCGCCUGAUGGGCGUAUGUCGGCAUUGGUGUGCUCUCAUCCGCAAGGCAGCUGUCUUUUGGACCACCAUCGAGGUAUCUACCAAGACGUCGUGGCUGAAGCUCGCAUUACGACGCUCGGGUAGCGCCCCGAUCCGCGUCACACUCUCUAGCGGUUGCGACAUGGAUAUAACCCUACCGGCUCUUGUGCAACACUCCAGCCACCUAGGCGCGUUGAACAUGUAUACUCCGACCACCCACGCCCUUCAGCCGCUUUUUUCCCGCGUUCUUCCGCUCCUCCGAGCCCUCGACCUGACGAACCAAGUCCCCGACCUUACAAACCAGCUGGAUCCUUCGUUACAGCACGUACACUCUGGAAAGAGCACCGUGUUCAUCAGUCACGACAACUGCCCUCGCCUCGCAAAGCUCAGCCUUACCCGAUUCACAUUCGCGUGGACCUCGCCACUCCUAGCCAAUCUACAAAAUCUGACUCUGCGGGAUUGUCAACUGUCGACCAAGCCCCUCCCGUUCGCGGAGUUCCUGGAUGUUCUCGAGCAUGCCCAAAGACUCCAGGAUCUCCAGCUCGGCCACUUCCUUUCCACCGCGCUGUCAACCCAGACCUCUGUUCCAAACGAACGUCUCGUAACGCUCCCAAAGCUAACCUUCCUUCAAUGCGCCGACGUGCCCGCCCACAUCGCGCGCUUGGUCUCGCACCUCCGCACCCUCUCCGUGUGCGAUUUCGAACUCACAGGGGACAGCGAUCCAAACGACCCCUCUGCGUCUUACGCAUCCUUGCUGCCGCGGGCCGCGGCUACCCAAGCAACCUUCACGUCCCCCGUGUUCUCUAUAAUCCUGGAGGUCGGACACAAGGCGAACGCGGUCGCAUUGGAGCUCGCUUCUGGUGGGACCUGCAGGCUGGAGUUAUUCUCCGCCGGUGCCGUGCAAUGGGAUAGGUGGUUGGAGAGGGGCCUACGGCAGCUGCUGGCACUGUUCCCUUCAGGAGAGGCGCAAAUGACGACCCUCAGCAUCGAAGGCAACCUGAAUUCAGUCUCACUCGACACUUGGGUCUCGACAUUCGACACCUUCCCUAUGCUACAAACCCUGACUCUCGAUGCGCAAGACGUGGACGAGUUCCCGGCCGCCCUCACCGACGCACUAUCCGUCCUGAACUCGAUAUAUAUGGUCAUGAGUGGGGGAAAAGCGCGAUGGAGCACCUCCUCGCAUGCCUUCACGCCCGUGCUGGGGGCGGGGCGCCGAAGCUGA